AUGACUACCUUUAAUAAAUCUUUUGAUGACUUAGACCAACAACGAGAACUCGCCUUUAUGCAGCUUAGGCCAAUAUGCGUCUCACUUCUGAAUUACCCACCUUUGACACGCAUGAACUCGCAACAAGUCUUGCAAACCUUAGAUGAACUCAUCCAAACACUUUACUCUCUCCCUGCACCCUCACGCUUUUUAAAUGCCUCGCUUGUCGAAUACAUUUUCUUUCCGUUAGCACAUGUGUUUCAAAGUGCUGAAUUACCAAGGAGUGAUAAAUUCACGGAAAAGUUUUUGUCUUGUCUUUUGUUCUUGCUAGAGACUUCUUGGUCCAAUUAUAUGAGACCUGAGUUAUUUAAACAGAUUUUUAUCAUGUUGACGAGUAUUAUGGGGACAUCCUCGGAAUCAUCAUCUAACAAGUCUUAUUUGGUGUCUUUGAUAUCUGAAGAAACAAAUCUUUUAGCAAUUAAAUGUAUUUUGACUUUAUUGGGCAGAGAUAAUCAAGAUUCUCCUAGCAAUAACAUCGUUUUAAGAGCUGAAUUGAUCGAAGUGCUUUUGGAACCUUCUCAUCGUGCUGCUAUUGGACGUUGUGUAUAUGUGUUACUGGAAAUUAUUUUCAAAGAACGUUUGCUCGAAUUAAGAAUUUCAGCAAUUGACGCUUUUGAAAGACUUGUGCAAUGCCUUGAAGAUGCAAAUGUUUUGGCUGCUAUAUUACCUGGCGUUGUAAGCACAUUGGGAAAAACCAUAGUUCAUGAUCAAAAAGAAAAUCAUCGCUUACUCGCAAGAUCAAUUGAAGCAUUAGGGGAAAUUAUUUAUCGUGUGAUGAAUGAUGAAGUAAAUUCUCAUAUUAUGACACGACAUAAAACUUUAAAUGAGUUGGUGGAAGAAUUCACAGAAACAUCCGACAUCAAUGCAAAAAAAUCACCAAAAAUUAAUCAGUCAUCAAAAGAUAUUUCCGAUGAAAAUAGUAAUACUAUUCCUUCGGCAGCGGUAGAAGUUUUACGAAGCAAAUCAUGGCUUAGAGCUACAAAAUCACAGAUCAACAUUUUACUUUGUCAAAUAUUUACCAUAAGAAACCAUCCAUCAUGGCAAGUACGAUUGGCAUUUGUGAAUUUCUCUAAUUUGAUAAUUUGUCAAUGCUCAGAAUCCUUGGAUAACUGUUUGCCAAUGUUGAUAGAAACUUUGGUGCUAUAUUUAACCGAUGAAUAUGCACAAGUUUCGAGUUCGUCGCUUCAAUAUUUAGAAUCUUUACGGGAAAAUCAUCACAAUUUCGACGAGAUAUUUGUACCAAUUAUGAAGGAAAGUUUUGAUAAUUGGCUUAAUUUAUUACCACAAUAUAUUAUGGGAAUUGAUGAAAAUGCAAAGUUCAAUGUAGUUGCGUUAGUGACUGGUUUUCUAUCAAUUCUUGGUUUGCAUGUGCAAAAUGUGUUCAAUACUUCAUUACAGCGUGUUUCCCAUGGAUUGAUUAAGGCAAUGGAAUAUGAUUUAACAGAUAUUCAAAUUUUAGAAGAGAAAAUUGUUGACAUUGAUAAUAUUGAUUCGUCGAAAAGACAACAACAAUUACCAGCUUUUCCCCAGCCUAAGUUUAGUUAUAUUCGAGAAAAACGUGUCGUAUCUGCCAUACGAAAUAUGUUGAGAUGCUUUGGUUAUUUUGGGAAUUUAAGCUUCUUGGUCAAUCAUUUCUUUUUUUAUUUCCAAAAUUUAAGGAAAGUUCAACUUUGCCCGCAAUGUGUGUUCAUAGUUAAUGAAUUAUUAAUUGGUGCGUCAUCGGGUACCAAGGUUGAUUCAAAAAUAUCGUCGCAAUUCGCCUCAUUAAUUGUUAAACAAGUAAAUAUUUCCAACUCUGCAAAUUCUUUGGAAGACAUACAAAGAAUCUCGAAAUUUCUUUUAAGAGAAUACACUGAAUUAGAUUUAACACGCGACAAGGAAGACGAAAACCGUAACCUAAACACUAAUUCAACGAUCAUUGAACCGAAUUUUCUUAUCCGUGCUGAUCAACAAGUGGACAAGAAACUGGAAUACAAAGAAAACUUCAAUAUUCUUAUUACAAACUGUUUAAUUCUCGAAGGGAUUGCAAAUAUUGCAAAUAUUUUACGGAGAAAAUUCCGAGUUGAACUAAUUUACGCACUUUAUCCGAUCCUAGAAAAAUAUAACAGAGAGAAUAGUCAUAUUAUGGUUCAUGAGGUUGCUCGAAUUGCUUUAUAUCAUAUUGCAAUUAAUUGUGGUUACAAUUCUUCUAAAGAUUUAGUAUUGGAAAAUGUUGAUUAUCUCAUCAAUGCUAUAUCUCGAAAGUUGAAUCGAAUCAAAUUCCAUCCGGAAACUACUAAAGUUCUGAUUGCAAUGAUUAAUGUUGUCGGCUCAAAUAUUCUACCAUUUCUUACCGAUUCUAUUGAAGAGAUUUUUGACGCUAUCGAUCAGUAUCAUAUGAACGAAGUUUUGUUGAGUCAAUUGGCCAACGUCCUUUAUGUAUUGAUCAAAGUCAUCGCAGACGAUUACAAUGAAAAAAAUGGGGGAGAAUCUGAUGAGAAGCAACAAUCAGUUAAUAAUAACAUAACCGCAGGAUCAUCAACAAGCAAAAUAAAAGAUUUCCAUUCUGAUGAGGACAUUGUUGGAAUUUCUCGGGAAAUCAAUGAAUUUGUUGCAAAUUAUUCCAAGAAAGAAAAUAAAAUCCAAUCAACGAAAGAGAAUUCACACUUUGAUGAGAUGACUGCGGCUGCAAAGUUGGAUGAAAUCGGAAGUUAUUUUACGGAACAUCGACGUAAAAAAGAAUCAGAGGGGGAAUCAGAAAUUUAUGAUUCAUUGCCAAAUGAUAGUGACAAUAUUCAAAAUCUCGAGAGCACUGCUGAUACUAAUAAAGAAAAUAAACCUUCAAUGGCACAAACGAUUUGCCUAAAUAUUAUUAAUAAACUUUUGCAUUUCCUUACUGCGUCAUCGCCGCAGCUUCGUAAAUUAAUACUUGAUCUAAUUCGGGUUUCAUUGCCUGUACUCGAAUCAAACACACAACAAUUAUAUCCACUCAUUCAUCAAAUUUGGCCUUCAAUUAUUAAUCGUAUGAAAGAUAAAGAACAUUAUGUGAUAUUAGCAGCUGUUGAAUUAAUCGAAAACAUUUCAUUGUUUUGUGGCGAUUUCAUUUCGAAUCGAGUGAUGGUCGACGCUUGGCCUUUAUUUCAGCAUAUAUUAAACCAACAACUUCAAAUGGACAAAGAAUCUGCAAUCUCUUAUUCAACAUAUUCAAAAUCUCAUCGAUUCAAAUUAUCCAUUAUAAUCACUUUAAGAAUGGUGAUUAAGCGAGUGUUAUUGUCAGAUUUUGUGCUAUUCCAAAUAAUGGACACAAUGUUUGUCUUUUUGAGUGAUAAAGUUCAUUCAGAACUCAAGGGUGCAUCGCAAGGAUUAUUUAUCGAGUUGAUUAGAAAGUCUCCUGAUGCUGUUUGGCUCGUAUUGAAUGGGAUGUUGCAAAAGGAAAGAAAGGUUCAAGAAUGUCCAGCAAUCUUCAAACGAGUAGUUUGGCCAGAUUAUUAUCAUGUUUCUACGAAGCAGGUUGAUGAAUAUGUCUCCAGUAUAAAUUUAUUAUUGGAAAAAAUUGAUUCAAUUGAAUAA